AAGAGCCCGGAUGGAAGCUUCGCUCUGCGUCGUCUACAAGGAAGCGUAAUACGGCGCAGGGGGGUGAGCGUUAAGGCACGGAACCGCGGCGAUCACACCGCAGGAAGCCGGGGGAGAGACGAGGGUGACGACGCCGCCUCGCGCGUGUGACGGUUUAACGGCACAAGGCCACCUUCAUAACUGUACACACUCGCGGCUCGCAUCAGAUCUGCGCGUCCUGCUAUCACGGGUUUUGUAUUUUUUUUUUCCCUCCCUCUAAAUCAGAUACAUCGAAAGCGGCUCUUCGCCCACGAUUUGGAGAUUGCGGUCGAAAUUGGAAAACGAUGUCUCAGUAGGAUGGUGUCAUACGGAAAUGAUUUGGUUGCAGGCACAUAAUCAUUAUUCUAAGCGUUAGAAGACUGUAAACACUCAGGUAAAGUGAAAUGGAAUUCCUGUCUGGUGAAAGAGAUGGCUGCAUGGCACUUAGGCUGUUACAUGUUGCAAGUUUAGCCAUGAGAGAAUAGAGGCAUUUGUUGACAGUCGCAUUCAAAUUUGUUGAGAAAGGUCCUGAACAAUUUAAAUAAAAUUAAAUGCCUUGGUAAGCCACGUUGGCAAGUGACAGAAAAGUGUUCAGCGUUAUUGUUAGUUGUCAGUGUUAGUGUUUCAGUUCACAUAGCCAACAGCCAGAGCAAUUUUCAACACGUAGGCUACUUUAUCAUUGUAGCCUUUGAUUUGUGUUUUAUCUGAAAAUAGUUUGUUGAUUUACACCAGCUUAACACUGCUUCUUGUCGGAGUGUUACACACAGUGGAUGGAAACAUCUGUCAUACAGUCUAAUUCUUGUUUAGUCCGUUGAAUGUUUGAAACACAUUGCGUCAUAUAACACAACGAUACAUUGCGCUAACUGCAGACAGGCAAACACCGCCGUGCGCAAUCAUGUAACUGUUUCCUUUCGUGAAGUUAUGCGUCGUGUUACAUAAAAUGCCGCAGAUACUGUAUUUUUAGACAACCGCAACCACGUUUCCCUCGGAGUUCUGGCGUUGCUUAUGCCAAAUCGGGUUUGAUGGAGGUAACAAGACAACAGACAGCUUCCCAAACAGUGAAGUCGCCUCAACGCCGUUGACACUCCAGCAACAUCUGUUCAGCGUCAGGACAGGCGAGUAGCUAGCUCGGUAGCUCACUGGAGACGACAGACUACGGGCAAUACGGGGGUCAGGACUGAUCAUGGCCAGGUUACGGAAGAAAGCCUGCGUGGCGUUGUUUUUGUUCACCCUCUUCAUCUUCGGCACCAUGAUGGGAUUGAGAACGCUGAAACCCAGCGACGGUUUCAACGACCUGGCGCCAGGACUGGACUUGAUGCCCAUGGUCGGAGAGAGGGUGGACCGGCGCUCAAUGUCCAACAACGUGGCGGUCUCGCCGGGACAGGCGCACGUCGCCAGCAACACCAAAGUAGUCUUCUCCAACUCUGGCCCGGGGGACAAGAGCAUAUUUUACGACGUCCAUAUAUUCUACUACGUGUGGUACGGCAACCCGCAGGUGGACGGGAAGUACAUGCACUGGGACCACGUUUUGGUGCCACACUGGGACCCGAAGAUCGCCGCCAGCUACCCGAAAGGCAGACACACGCCACCGGAAGACAUUGGCUCCAGUUUCUACCCGGAACUGGGACCGUACAGCUCCAGAGAUCCGGACGUGUUGGAGUCGCAUAUGGAGCAGCUGGAAGCCGCAGCUGCAGGAGUGCUGGUGCUGUCCUGGUACCCCCCCGGUGUGACGGACGAUAACGGGGAACCGACGGAAGACCUGGUGCCCGCCAUUUUGGAUGCUGCCCAAAGGCACAGCAUCAAGGUGGCCUUUCACCUCCAGCCCUAUAAGGGGCGCUCUGACCACACUGUGCACGAGAACAUCAAAUACAUCAUCGACAAGUACGGUAAACACGGAGCGUUCUACCGGUUCCGGUCCAGCGCGGGCAAGGUUCUGCCGCUGUUCUACAUCUACGACUCGUACCUGAGCCCGCCCGAGGCGUGGGCGGACCUGCUGACCCCGGCGGGCGCUCACAGCCUCCGCGGCACGCCCUACGACGGCGUCUUCAUCGCCCUCCUCGUGGAGGAGCGGCACAAGCACGACAUCCUGGCGGGCGGCUUCGACGGCAUGUACACCUACUUCGCCUCCAACGGGUUCUCCUUCGGCUCCUCGCACCAGAACUGGAAGGCGGUGAAGGCGUUCUGCGACGGGAACAACCUGCUGUUCGUGCCGAGCGCGGGCCCCGGCUACAUCGACACGGCGGUGCGGCCCUGGAACAACCACAACACGCGCAACCGCGUCAACGGCCGCUACUACGAGACGGCGCUGCAGGCCGCCCUGACCGUGCGGCCCGAGAUCGUCACCAUCACCUCCUUCAACGAGUGGCACGAGGGCACGCAGAUCGAGCGCGCCGCGCCCAAGAAGACCGUCACGCGGCUGUACCUGGACUACCAGCCGCACGCGCCCGAGCUGUACCUGCAGCUCACGCGCAAGUGGGCCGAGCAGUUCAACAAGGAGAAGGAGCAGUGGCUCAUGUAG